AUGGCAGCACCUGAUUCUGCUGAUGGGAUGGAACUUUCAUCUGAAUCUGUCACAGAAGAAGAGAAGGAAAUUAUCAUCUUUUACGAGGACCGGGACUUCAAGGGACACUCUUAUGAAUGUAGCGGGGAUAGCUCUGACUUGUUAUCCUUUUUUAACCGUUGUGGUUCUAUCCGGGUAGAACACGGAAACUGGAUGGUCUAUGAGUUUCCCAAUUACAGAGGUUGCCAGUUAUUUUUGAAAAGAGGAGAAUAUCCUGAUUUUAACCAGUGUAUGGGAUUUGGAGACACUAUCCGAUCUUGCAGGAUCAUACCACAGCAGGGCUCAUGUAAGAUAAAAGUUUAUGAGAGAGAAGACUUUAAAGGACAAAUGAUGGAGUUCACUGAAGAUUGUCCUCAAGUUUUUGAGAAGUUCCGCUACCAUGAUAUCCACUCCUGCAAUGUCCUUGAAGGCCACUGGAUCUUCUAUGACGAACCUAACUACAAGGGACGUCAGUACUACCUGAGACCUGGAGAGUAUAGGAGAUACAGUGACUGGGGUGGCCUCAAUAGCAAAGUCGGCUCCUUCAGACGUGCCAUAGACUUCCACUGA